AUGACUGACACAAACGUCGAAGCCGCGAAGCGAGCUGCUGGCCAACAGGCCGUAGCUGACCACUUUGACGCCAACGCCUCCUAUGUCGGCAUUGGCAGUGGCACAACCAUCGUCUACGUCGUUGAAGCCAUCAAAGAGCGCUCUACCAACCCCGCGAUCCGCUUCGUCCCCACUGGCUACCAGUCCCGCCAAGUCAUCAUCAGCGCCGGUCUCACCCCACUGGGCUUCGACUCGCUUCCUGACGACGUCAUGCUCGACGUGGCCUUUGACGGCGCCGACGAAGUCGACACAGAGCUGAACUGCAUCAAAGGUGGCGGUGCCUGCCUGUUCCAGGAGAAGCUUGUCGCAGAGCGGGCGAAGAAGUUUGUUUGCGUUGCAGACUACAGGAAGAGGCAGGACAGGCUGCUGACCAACUGGCCCACAAUACCGAUCGAGGUUGCGCCGCUGAGUCAGAACAAGGUUGCGGCUGCGCUGAGGACGCUGGGAAGCACCAACCCUCAGCUCAGGACGACGCUGCUGGAAAAGAGUGGGCCGUUGAAGACAGACCAGGAUUUCUACAUCAUCGAUGCGGCGUUCCCUACGUUGUUGACACGGAAGGAUGUUCACGAGGGAAGAGGCAAGGGCGAUGGGAGUGACGGCACAUGGGAGGUGAACAACAUUGCGAAAGCGAUUAAGAGCUUGACUGGUGUGCUGGAAGUUGGCAUCUUCUCUGGAUUGAACGGCACAGACGCGCAGGCUUUAAGAGAAAAGGACGGUGCAAAGUCAGCAGUCAGCGGCGGGCAGGUUCCCGUUGCUGUGUACUUUGGCAUGCAGGACGGAAGUGUGGUUGUCAGGACACCAGAAGGUGAACACUAG